CAAACUGCAUCUGACGUGUAGGUCCAACUCUCUAACCUAACUUUUGUUGUAUAUUUUGUGUGUGCUGAUUUCUGGAUAAGCUUUAUUGAUUGUUACUAUUAUUACAAUGGAAUCAUCGUGUUCUAUACUAGAUUACGUACUAUCGAACGACGCUUUGGAUAAUUUGAUACAAACGUGUUCGUGUCCUCAAGCUUUCAACCCUUUAAUCAAGCUCAAACAUCGAAGACUCUUGGAAGGCUCAUGUGAGAAAAUACACUUUUCUGUUGACUGUAUUUUCAACAGUAGCAUAAACGUGGAUUUGAGUAACGACAUCCUUAAGACAGCUUUAUUAAUAAAUGCAGAUACAAAUACACUGAUAACACAAACUGUGACCUACUGUGUUGACAAACUAUGGUUAGGUCGAAAUUCGGACGAAGUUUACUACGCCAUAAAUUUAUUCAACGUAAUUUUAGAACAUUACAAACGUGAACAUAAACCCCUUCUUUUCACGGGGGACGAUUUUGAUCAGUUUCAAGGGGGGGUUUUAAAGGUUUUGCAAGGAUCAGUAAAACCUCUCAUUACAUUUAUUAUAGUUAAUGUUUUUCCAAAUUACACAUGCGUGUGUGAUCAAGAAAGCAAAAACUGCUUCUUAUCAAAAACGUUUGACUUUAUUAAAACGGAAAAAAAGUUGGAAGUACUUUGCAUGUGCUUGGAUCAAUUUAUUCAACCUGAGUUUGAUAGAGAUGACUUUAAUUUAUUAAAAUGUGACGAUUUUUGGUUUCUUAUAACGGAUUGCAUAGUCGACAAACGCCACUAUUUACAAAGACAAGCGAUGUAUUUGUUGGGUAAAAGUAUGGACAUUAUUCUGAAUAGUGAUAACUUGUCAUGUCUUCCACAACACCUGCAAACAGGAGCUAAUGACAUGAAAAAGAUGUGGAAAAAUUAUUUUAUUCUUUUAGAUGUGUCCAACGAAAAGCAGUUACAUAUCGUUGAACCAUCAUUAUCUAUGUUCAGCUCAGUGAAAAAUUUAGACUUCUUGUGGAGGUCUUGUCUAUACACAAUUUUUUUAAAUCACUCGCAAAACGUUGUUGUUUAUAAUGUAGCUACGUUUAUUUUGCAAAAUGAAACUGACUGGCAUAAUUUUUCAAAAAUCAUUGUGGUGUUAUUUUCGGCGAUUAAUAAAAACGAGUAUAACGCUGACUCUAAAAAUGUUUUUCAAGAAAUGGGUGUUUUUUGUAACAAAUUAGACAACUCUCAUUUUAAUAUUCUCCUUUCUGAGAGUUUAAACGUAUCAUGGGUUCCUGCCGCCAUCUGGGGGCUUUAUAGCAACGUUUUUAACAAAGCCACUAAUUUUGAAAUUCCGCUAUUGCUUCUUGAAAACGUAAUUAAAAAACUUAAACUUAUCCCUCAUAAAUUUAUUAGAGGUGGCUGCAUUAGAGUGGUGUUAAAUUACUGCACAAGAAAUUGGAAAGUUGAUUCUUUAAACGAUCUUCUCAAAAUGUCUCUACUUUUACGAAACAGUGAUGAUAAUUUAUUCGAAAAUUUUAUAAAAAUGAAUGAAGAACAAAUUCACUUAUUGAGCGAUGAAUUACACAAACAGAUUUUUGAUUUUGUAGAAAAUAGUGACAGUGAAGACUUGGAACGUUUCACAGUAGGUUUAAAAAUUCUUCAGUUAAUACACGUAGACUUAGACUUUAAAAUCAUGCUCCAAAGUAACACAACUAACUCAGAGCAGCUGUUGAUGCUUGAAGAUUAUUUUGAAAGCACUGACUUAGAAAAUCAUUUAAUAAGUAAAUUUGAUUUCGUUGAAAACAUUGAACACGUUGCAACUUUACUACAUUUAACUGAAAAAUUUUCUUCACAGAAGCUACUAGAAAAGGCGUCUAAUAUUUUAAUUGAAGAAUCGUCGCACAAUGACGCUCAAAAAAUUCUUGCUUUUGGAGUACUUAGUAUAAAUAAUAUUCAAACCGAUCAGUUUGUACAAUUUUACAAGAAAUAUGUUCAAACGUUUGAUGUUAAAAACGAACGAAUAGUAAACUUUUUUGUGAAAAAUCUGAUCAAGUCCUUAAGUGAGUCUUGUUCAAUAGUAGAUCUAGAAGAGUCAGUUGGUAUUUUAGAAAACGCGCUAGACUCCCAGAAUAGUGUAACAAUCACAAUCCUCGAAAAUCUGGACUUAAUUUUAAAACACGUUCAGCAGAACACAGUGCUUCGAUUUAUGGAGAGAUGUUUUGAUGAAUUUGUAAUUUUAAUUAAAAGUGAUAAUUGUAGAACCACAACAACGAAAUUUUUGUCACAAAUAUUUGAGCCACAUUUGCUAGAAAAUAAUGAUUUUUGUGAAAUAUUACUUCAGUUUUCGUGGAAAUUGUUGGAUAUUUCAAAUAGUGCAAAUUCGAUUGCGUAUAUUUUGUCUGAAAAACUUACUCAUUUAGUUAAACAAAAACCUGAAACAGGUCGUGUAUUUGUUUCUGUUAUUGUUGAAUUAAUUCUGCAUGGAAUUGUAGUGAAUAAAAGCGAAAGAGUCGACUACUACGUCUGUCAAGAAAUAGGAGUCACAUUACCAACUGAAAACAAUCCUAAUUUAGAAGAAAUUUCUACAAGAUUGUGGGCUCUUGAAUCAGUUCUGUUUUUAAUAAAUGAAGAAUCGCCGAGUUCUAGAAAUAAUACAGUAGGGAACUUUGUGUCGGAUUUAGUAGAAAGGUACAUGAAGCAUUUUUCCAAACGAUAUUUCCCAGAUUCACAGAUUCAUUUAGAAAAAUUGAGAAUCCUGCAGACGUUAAUGUUGCUUCAGAAACACGUGACGGAAGAAAAAUCCACAUUAAUCGAACUUUUGGUUGACAGUUUCAUAUCAGAAACCCAUCAACCCUCUGUUAAGCAUUUAAUGCAGUGGUUAUUAAUAUUAUUAAUAAACAAUGACCACACUUACAUCCAAAAUAUAGAAGAAAAAUUAAAAACAAUCGAUAAUAAUAGACCUUCAGCGGUCUCCGGACUUAUACCCGUCCUUUAUCAUUUAAUAGUGUCCCAAAAAGAAACUCAUUGGGAUCGACUUAUAGAAGUUCUGUUACCUUACACAAUGGGGGCGCAAUUUAGACUACGCGUAUUUUCUCAGGUGGCCCUCCUGAAACUCCAUGACAAAGCCAUAACAGCACAGAAGUCCGAGUUUUUACAAAAAUAUCAAUUUCUUCACACUUCUCUCAAACAAAUAAUCGAAGCUACAGCCAACGCGAACUUUGACGUUACUAACAUUCAUCACGAAUUCCUCGACUAUUUCAGCCUGGAAAAUUCUGAUUGUUCCACUGUUUUCUACAAAAUCCCGAAAAGUAACGGAGUCACUGAAAUCGAAUGGGAAAAUUUGUGGGCAGCUUCCAAUCGUCAUAAUUUCAAAUACGUCCAAUUCGACCACUGUGAUAAUGUAAAGACAGAAACUACUACUUUAAAAAAUAGAGCUGUUAAUAGGUGCAAUGAAAAUAUCCAAAAGAAAGUCACCCCUUGGAAAGACCUACUGGAUAAUCCUGAACCCAGUACUCAGACAAAUGACUUCAUUCUAGUAACGUCCCUUAUCGAAAAACCUGCCAACUUAGGAGGAUUAGCACGCACGUGUGAAGUCUUUGGUAUCAAAAAAAUGAUAAUGCGAACUUCGAAAAUCACACUAGAGAAAGAAUUCAAAAGUUUGAGCAUGUCGUCGGAAAAUUGGGUGGAUAUAUCGGACGUGAAAGUUGAAGAUUUGCAAGAGUUUAUCGUCGGUGUUAAAAAAGAAGGGUAUUGCGUUGUAGGGGCCGAACAAACCGCCGAAAGUGUGAAGUUGGAGCAGUUUGAGUUUCCGAAAUUGACAGUUCUUGUAUUAGGUAAUGAGAAAGCGGGAAUUCCGGCAAAUUUAAUUCCUCUGCUUGAUAAAUGUGUCGAGAUACCGCAAUUCGGUAUGGUCCGUUCGCUAAAUGUCCACGUAGCAGGCGCCAUUGUGAUGUGGGAAUAUUGUAAACAACAAAAGUUGUAACCAUUUUGUAUUUAAUUUUUUUUAAUAAAAAUUGUGCAAUGCUGGUUUUGUUUGCGCAUUGCAGCAACAUGAUAAAUA